AAAGCAGCAUGCUCAGCUAUGUGGUGGUCGCGCUUUUAUCCGUGUCGCUGGCAGUGCUGUUCAUCCCUCCUGAUUGGUCAGCUAUGUUUGGCAUUGAGUCAUCAAAGGGGUCACCGGUCAGACUCCUAAGCAGGAGUGAGUUAGCGCGGCACGAUGGGGAGCAGGGCAGCAAGGGGCUAUACCUGGCCAUACUGGGCCAUGUUUUUGAUGUACACAAGGGAGAAAAGCACUAUGGACCUGGUGGCGCUUAUCACUUUAUGGCAGGCAAAGACGCCUCACUGGCCUUCAUCACCGGAGACUUCACAGAGAGUGGGCUGACAGAUGACGUAUCGAGUCUGUCCCCCCUAGAGGUGGUUGCACUGUACGACUGGCUGGCCUUCUACCAGAGGGACUACCAAAAUGUGGGUGUAUUAAUCGGUCGCUUCUAUAACGAGGCUGGAGAGCCCACAGAGGCCCUGUUGAGAGUAGAAGCAUCACUAGCAGAGGGUAAGAAACUCAAGGCUCAGUCUGAGGCUGAGAGGAUUCGCUUUCCGUCUUGUAACUCAGAAUGGACUGCUGCCAGUGGAGGAAGAUUCUGGUGCUCCACUAAGAGCGGUGGAGUGGCGAGACACUGGGCAGGCGUGCCACGGAAGCUCUUCUCUCCCGGCUCCAGUGGUGUUCGUUGUGUCUGUGUUGAAAACCCGAUCGCGGCAGAGGAAGACCCCAACCUGCAGAAAUACGACGGCUGCCCUGCACAUGCCGAGUCAUGCUCUGUGGGAGCGCACUAGACCGGUCAGCCCAGAGAAUGGACCCACUCAUAGCUGCUUCUUAGCAGCACUGAACUCAGAAACACACUUUGGCUAGUAACUGAAUUUUUUGACAAUAAAGAGACGAAAUCAAGAAAC